AUGAAGGGAUUUCAAGACAAGAGAUGGAGAAAUGGGAAUUGGGACCUCAACAUGUUUGCUGAUAAAGAUGGCAAAAUGGACUGGCAUGCUCUCAUCAAGGCUGAGGCUAGGCGAAGGAAGAUGCUGGAAGUCAAUCCGGAACCGUCAUUGAACGAGGCUCCUGUACUCUUCAACACUUCUAUUAUACCAUGGUGGGCUUGGUUCACAGCAUCUCUCCAGCCCAUCAAAGAAUUAUCGAAUGGUGGUAGCACUAUGGUCGGAUUCUUCAUGGCGUAUUACAUUGUGGAGGCUUUAAGGGGAGUGGGUAUGAUGGGACAGACUAUCCAUGAUAUGCCCAUGAAUCUCUUAUUUGCAAUCCUUGUCAUUCUUCUCUUAAUCCCCCAAACCCAAAAGCUUGGGGCUCUUCAAAAGUGGAGUCGGAUGCCAUACAAGAAAUCACAAACAAAAGAAUCGGAGUAA